AUGCUAAAUGUCAAUGUUAUUUUAUUAUUAGUGGUUGUUGCUGUUUACACAAGUGAUGGCUGUGGGCCUCCAAAAUGUAACAACUUGUGUCCAAAUGGAUAUGUUUAUGAUCAAAUAGGAUGUCGAACUUGUGAAUGCAACAAAGGUAUUCUGUUUGGUAUAGAAAGAUGUCAAAAUGUUUAUUGUCCAAAUAAAUGUCCUUAUGAUUUAUACAAAAAAGACGAAUUCGGGUGUGGAACCUGUCUUUGUAAACAGGCAAAAACAGAAACAAAGGUUAAACCUUUAAUAUUCUUUCAUCUUGACGGAGAUAAACAAAACAAAGGUCUAAAAUGUAAGCAGUUGGUUGGUUGUGACUUAUUUUGUGUCAAUGGUUACGCUUCUAAUAGAUUUGGUUGUGUCACUUGCCAGUGUAGAACAAGGGAGUCCAAUAAUGGAUUAUUAAACACAAUCGAACCCACAAUUCCCUUAAAGCAUAAUAAAGCAGUGAAAUGUCCAAGAGUACAGUGUCACCAGUAUUGUUCAUCUGGCUUUAUGUAUGAUGGUAGAGGUUGUAGAACUUGUCAGUGCAACAGAGGUUUAGUAUUUGGUUUAGAGAGAUGUAAACAAGUCUAUUGUCCUAAUUACUGUCCACAUAAUCUAUAUGUUAAAGAUUGGAAUGGUUGUCAGACUUGUCGAUGCCAGAAAUCUGAAUCAAAGAUCCAGUUUAAGAACUACCAAAAUGAACAUAGAGUGGCCCGGGGGUCAGAAGGAUCAAGAGGUAGAUGUCCACGACUAGCAGGAUGUGAUCUGUUCUGUGUUAAUGGUUACGUGAAAGAUCUUAAUGGCUGCACUCAUUGUGAAUGUAAGAAAAGAGUUCGAUAUACCCGACAAUAUCAACAACGUAGACAAUCUUAUAAUGCUGGUAUUCAAAUAACAUCAGCUAGUUCUCCUGCCUAUCGUUAA